AUGUCUGCCGAAGAGGAUCUCAUCGACUACUCCGACGACGAGCUCAACAAUGAGUCCGCCGCUCCCACCAACGGCAAGAAGGCUGAGGCUGUCCCCGCCGGCCAGACUGUCGACACCAAGAAGGGUUCCUACGUCGGCAUCCACUCCACUGGUUUCCGCGACUUCCUGCUGAAGCCCGAACUUCUUCGCGCCAUCGCCGACUGCGGUUUCGAGCAUCCCUCGGAGGUUCAGCAGACAUGUAUCCCCCAGGCCAUGCUUGGUGGUGACAUCAUCUGCCAGGCCAAGUCCGGUCUCGGUAAGACGGCUGUCUUCGUUCUUACCACUCUUCAGCAAGUCGAGCCCGUCGCCGGCGAGUGCUCCGUCCUGGUCAUGUGCCACACUCGUGAGCUCGCCUUCCAGAUCCGCAACGAGUACAACCGUUUCAGCAAGUACAUGCCCGACAUCAAGACCGGCGUCUUCUACGGUGGUACUCCCAUCCAGAAGGAUGCCGAGAUCCUCAAGAACAAGGAGACCCACCCCCACAUCAUCGUCGGUACUCCCGGUCGUCUCAACGCUCUGGUGCGCGACAAGCACCUCCGUCUCGGCAGUGUCCGCAUGUUCGUCCUCGAUGAGUGCGACAAGAUGCUCGACCAGAUUGACAUGCGCCGCGACGUCCAGGAGAUCUUCCGCGCUACUCCUCAGCAGAAGCAGGUUAUGAUGUUCUCCGCUACCCUCUCGGAUGAGAUCAAGCCUAUCUGCCGCAAGUUCAUGCAGAACCCUACUGAGCACUACGUCGACGAAGACACCAAGUUGACCCUCCACGGUCUUCAGCAAUACUACAUUCCUCUUGAGGAGCGUGAGAAGAACCGCAAGCUCAACGAGCUUCUCGAUGAACUUCAGUUCAACCAGGUCAUCAUCUUCGUCAAGAGCACUCUUCGUGCCACUGAGCUCGACAAGCUUUUGCGCGAGUGCAACUUCCCGUCAAUCGCUGUUCACUCUGGUGUGAGCCAAGAGGAGCGUAUCCGUCGUUACAAGGAAUUCAAGGAGUUUAACAAGCGUAUUUGCGUUGCCACCGACGUCUUCGGCCGUGGUAUCGAUAUCGAGCGCAUCAACCUUGCCAUUAACUACGAUCUCCCCGCUGAUGCCGAUUCCUACCUCCAUCGUGUCGGUCGUGCUGGUCGUUUCGGUACCAAGGGUCUUGCCAUCUCCUUUGUUACCACUGAUCAGGACAAGGAGGUCCUCAAGGCCAUUGAAAAGCGCUUCGAGGUCGCUCUUCCUGAGUUCCCUAAGGAGGGUAUCGAUGCCUCUACCUACAUGGCUUCCUAG